AUGGCGAUUUUCGAAGAAAUAGGACGUCGUCCGGAGUCUCGAAUUUUAAAUCUCGACAUCGACUACGAGAUUCUAGAUUCGACCCAGCGCAUCGGAGGGCGGGUAUACACUCACCGAUUUGACGAAAAGAGGUGGAACGCUUCGAAGCCAGGACAGCCUGAUUAUUACGACUACUAUGACGUCGGAGCCAUGAGGUUUCCAGGGCUGGCUUGGAUGGAUCGAAUCAUCGGAAAGGCCAACAAUUCUUUAAUUCCUUACAUUAACUCUAAGCUCAAGCCGGAAGAGCAGCCUAUAAAGCUGAUCCCUUAUAUAUUCACCGCCAACAACACAUUCCGCUUGUUCAAUAGCAAAUUGGUCUAUGGCCAAGUUAUCCCUUCAGCUAAGACCUUCAAGCACGAUAAACUCUCCGUGAGAGAGUAUUUGGUCACGAAGGGCUUCUCGGCCGAGCAGAUCAACUGGCUCGAGACAAUCACUGACGCCACCUCGCAUUUCGACACCAUGUCUCUGACACAAGCUGUCAUUGAACUGUGGAUCUUCAACAAAGCUCCCAUCGAUAGCUGGCUUUGCGUUGAAGGUGGCAUGGACCGCGUUACCUACGGAAUGGCCAGCAUCAUCAAGAAGCCGGUUGAGGUCGGGAAACGCGCGACGGCCAUCAAGCCAGCUCCCAACGGUGGCUUAAAGGUUGCCAUUGAGGGCUGCAAGGACAAGGUGUACGAUCAUGUCAUCAAUACCGUACCCUUGGGCGCCAUGCAAGCUAUGGACAUGACUGAGCUAGAUCUCGAUUACCGCAAGAAGGCCGCCAUCCGGGAACUCCAGUACGAUCCUGCCGGGAAAAUCGGCAUGAAGUUCAAAUCUCGAUGGUGGGAGGAGCUUGACUCCGGCUCCUUCCAGGGCGGGCAAUCCUAUUCCGACCUCCCCAUCCGCCGCUGCGUCUACCCGUCAUACGGUGUUGACACCCACGGAGCAGCCGGGACCAUGAUCGCCUCCUAUACCUGGGGCCAAGACAGUGCUCGCCUGAGCUCCUACUACGGCAAAGUAGAGGGGCGUAAAAGAAUCGUCGAAAUGACCCUCCGCAACCUCGCAGUUAUGCAUAACGUCACCUAUGAGUUCCUGAAGUCGCAGUAUGUCGACUCGCAUAUCUGGAACUGGUACGAUGGCGAAGACGCGGUGGGCGCGUUCGCCCUCUUCGGCCCCGAUGAGUUUAGCACUGUUAUGCCGGCAUUGCUGAUGCCGGCCGCCAACGGAGCACUACAUUUCGCCGGCGAGGCACUGAGCGCUGGGCAUGCUUGGAUGAUUGGGGCUACCGACUCGGCAUAUAGGACGGUGGCGGAGAUACUCGCGGCUGAGGGGAUGGACGAUAAGUUAGUCCAGUUGGUGAAUUUGUGGGGUACGGUUGACGAGGUGGACAUGAGCUGGUAUUCAAAUGCUUUCGCGGGAGAAUAA